AUGGCCUCGGAAAAGAUGGAUGCAGACGACGUUGAAAACGUCCAUAACGUCGAUUACAACGAGAAUUCUAAGAGCCAGUCUCAACAAAAUGCGGACGCCCGGGAUGCCACCGCCCGAGAGCACAACCUCACCCUAAGUGAUGCCAUCCGCCUAUACUCCAAAGGCAUUGGUUUCUCCCUGCUAUUCUCUACGGCCAUCAUCAUGGAGGGUUACGACCUUGCCUUGAUGGGUGCCUUCUACGGUUAUGAUGCCUUCCAAGAAAGGUUUGGUAACGAACCAGACUUGAAGGGCGGCAAGGUUAUUUCGGCUGACUGGCAGACCUACAUCCAAGUGGGCGGCAUGUGCGGCCAAAUCGUUGGCCUCUACCUCAACGGUUGGGUCUCGGACGCUAUCGGUUACAAGCGAACCAUGAUCUUGUCGCAGCUGCUCAUGGUUGCCUUCAUAUUCCUCCUUUUUUUUGCACGAAACAUCGAGACCAUCCUCGCAGGCCAGAUCAUGCUCGGCGUCCCCUGGGGCGUCUUCCAGACCCUGACCAUAGCGUAUGCCUCAGACAUCGCGCCCAUCGUUCUCCGCCCGUAUCUGACGGCCUACGUCAAUCUGUGCUGGGUCAUUGGCCAGCUCAUCUCGGCCGGCGUUCUGCGCGGUUUCCUCAGCAUGCAAGGUGACUGGUCAUAUAGGAUCCCUAUGGCUCUGCAGUGGGCGUGGCCCCCGUUUAUCAUAUUCGGCACCUUGUUCGCACCAGAAUCACCUUGGUGGCUUGUUCGCAAGGACCGUCUCGCCGACGCCAAACGCGCCGUGCUGAGUCUGGUCUCUUCUGCCGUCGUCAACGCCGACAACGGCAUCGACUUUGAUGCCGAUGACCAGGUCGCCAUGAUGAAGGCCACCAACGAGUUCGAAAUCAAUCACUCGGCAGGCACAAACUACUGGCACUGCUUCAUGCGGGCAGACCUACGCCGCACCGAACUCGCAUCCAUUAGCUACACCGCCCAAGCAAUGUGCGGCAGCGUUCUUAUGGGGUAUUCUGUCCAGUUUUAUGAGCGAGCGGGGCUCUCUACCAACAACUCAUUUACCUUUAACGUUAUUCAAUACGCCGUUGGCGCCGUCGGUGUGAUCCUAUCCUGGUUCUGGCUGAGCAAGUUUGGCCGUCGCACAAUCUACCUCUGUGGUAUGACUAGCUUGUGCGUGAUCCUCCUCGUUGUUGGCGGCCUCGGCUUCGCUGACCCCAGCAACCCGGGUCCUAGCUGGGCUGUUGGGAGCCUUCUGAUCUUUUACACCUUCAUGUACGACAUGGCCAUGGGCCCCAUCUGCUAUACUCUUGUCGCCGAUAUUCCCUCGACCCGCCUCAAGGCAAAGACAAUAGUCCUAGCCCGCAACUUCAACAACAUGGCCAGUCUGGUCAACAAUGCACUCAUGCCUCGCAUGCUCGGCGUAAACGCCUGGAACUGGGGUGCAAAAACCGGUCUCUACUGGGCCGGCUGGUGUCUCAUCAUCCUCGUCUGGGCUUAUUUCCGCCUGCCCGAGACAAAGGAUCGGACCUACGGCGAGCUAGAUCUUCUCUUUGAGCAGGGCGUCAGCGCGCGUAAGUUUGCACAGACAAGCGUUAACCAAUUUUCAGACUCGCAUAAUAGUAUAGGAAAGAAAGAGUCUAGUAACUAA